AUAUAAAUAAACGUAUGUUUAAUUAGUUUAAUCAAAAACAUUUUGUGUUUUCAUAUAUCGGUUACAGUUAAAAAGAAAAAAAAUAUAUUAAAAAAAAAAAUGCGUACGCAAAUCGCUUUGGUGUUUUUUGCUGUUGUCUUAUUGGUCAAGAACACUGAAGCCAUGAUACCGGCGUACUCCGUGUCCGCAUUGCGUCUAGCUUUUGAUGAGAUCUCCACUGUCCUCCCAAUCGCGAACCAGCUCGCCUGCCUCCUACUACCAUUCCUGAUCAACCUGAUCAACAAUUUGAAUAACUUGUCCAACAUCGUCCAGAAUUUGACCCCAGCCUUAUUGCCUUACUUCGGUUGUACACUACCAUUGUUAUAUGCAACACUGACCGACCUAGCGUCAGUUUUAUUCUUAUACAUAAGUGUCUUAAUAUCACUCUUCCGAUCGAAUGUACUGGCGGCGCCUGGUUUGUUAAUGGGUUUGGUGUCACAGGUGCUGAACUUAGUUUUAAGCCUGUUGACCGGUCUAUCGGACGGUACAGGUCUGCUUAGUGGACUGAUCAAACUGAUCACCAGUAUCUUAGUCGAGUUGGAGAAGUUACUUCUGUAAUUUAGUUAUGUUAUGUGUUAUUAAAUUGUUUAUUAAAUUA